AUGUUUGCAGUAUAUGUUCCAAUAUUCUGCAACUUAAGGUACAGACGGAAGGCUGUUUUGAAGUUGCAUAAAGACAAGGGUAACAGUGGAUGUGAAGCGAAGAGUACGGUAGAAGCGGGCAAACAUGAGCGAUCGUUGUUAAUUAUUCAGGCAGUGUUCGUUUCUGAUGUCAUGGAAGUUGAAUUUGUCUAUCUCAACUUCUUGUCGAAGCUUUUUGUAAAGAAAUUGAAAUUCCCAUCAAUAUUUUCAUCAACUGCUACAUGA